AAAACUCUACUGUACACCACCACCCCAAAUUCUCCCGCUGAAGACUCGUCGUGUCUCAGUUUACCACACCAAAAAGGACGCCGACCGGGCUCGGGUUGGAUGAGUUCGUGGUUCAGCUUCCCGCAUUCCGACCCGAGUGAAGUCGGCGACCACGUGGUGUCUUCCGUCCUGUCGAAAGGACAAUGGUUGGCUGGCAAUCACCCCUCACAACGGCGAACAUAUACACUCCCUACAUAUCAACGCCAACCACCCAACACCCAGCAACUACAUAGCAUAUCCGCGAACUACUUGCACCACUACACCGAUAGCUCCCCGGCACUUGACGUGUUGGGAAUAGUGAAGCUGUAG